CACGGGACUGAAAACACCUAACACCUUGCGUUGCGUAUUCAGAGAGGAAUUCGAUUUCAACGCGGAAAAUUUAUGUUCCUUUGUCAGACAAACCCUAACAUUCUUGUUUGCUAAUCUAAUUCUCUUGAUCUUCAUGGACAUUGCUCUUCUGUCCGACACCGUUUCACUUGCCACAUCGCAAACCCUAGGCUUAGCGAAAUUCAUUCUACGCCAGCCCUAUUUACUCUCUGCGGCGAUUCUCCCGAUGGACGCCGUGGCGCCGCCGCCUGUUAAAUCCAGUUUGCACAGAACAGCCCGUCGAACACUGCUCUGCAAGAAGCGGAGGACGAGGAGGAAAUCGUGCAGCGGCGGCGAUGAUUCGGAGGACAGCAGCGAAGGCGACGGAAUUUUCGGUGGUGGUAACGAUGAUGGAACGUUUGGUGGGGGUGGUUAUGGUGGGAGGGGGUGGAACUUUGACGGAUUUGGAGGGCAAAAUUGGGAUGAGUCAUCGCGGUGGUCGUCGAAUGAUUUCGCGUUUGAUUUUGUUUAUGAGGUGAUUUACUGGAUUGCGUUAUCGAAUUGCGUGCAUUUCGCAUUCAAGAAGGUGGUGAGGAUCGUGGCUGAUGGGGAGAGACAAGGUUCCCAUUAGACUGACUUCAUUUUUU